AUGAGGUCGCUGGGUCAGAACCCCACAGAGGCCGAACUCCAGGAUAUGAUCAACGAGGUGGAUGCCGACGGCAACGGGACGAUCGACUUCCCCGAGUUCUUGACGAUGAUGGCCAGGAAGAUGAAAGACACCGACAGCGAGGAGGAGAUCAAGGAGGCGUUCAGGGUCUUUGACAAGGACGGCAACGGCUUCAUCAGCGCGGCGGAACUGCGUCAUGUGAUGACUAAUCUGGGCGAGAAGCUGACGGAUGAGGAAGUGGACGAGAUGAUCAGAGAAGCGGACUUGGACAGUGACGGACAGGUCAACUAUGAAGAGUUUGUCUCGAUGAUGACUUCCAAAUGAAGCAGAUGCGCAGAAACAAAGAAUCAGUCAAAUGUUUCAC